AUGGGUCGCGUCCGUACCAAAACCGUCAAGAAAUCCUCUCGCCUGGUUAUCGAGCGUUACUACUCCAAAAUGACCUUGGAUUUCCACACCAACAAGAAGAUCUUGGAAGAAGUUGCCAUCAUUCCGUCAAAGCGCCUCCGCAACAAGAUCGCCGGAUUCUCAACUCAUCUAAUGAAGCGUAUCCAGAAGGGUCCAGUGAGGGGCAUCUCACUCAAGCUACAGGAGGAAGAGAGAGAGCGCCGUAUGGACUUCGUCCCCGACGAAUCCGCCAUUAAGACUGACCGUGUUGAGGUCGAUAAGGAGACAAUUGAGUUGCUUGCUUCUUUAGGUAUGAGUGAGCUUCCUGGGAUUGUUCUCAAGGAGGAUACUCCUUUGGUUUCCACAACGAUACCCGGAGGAUAUGGCGGUGGUCGUGGUGGAUAUGGUGGCGGAGCUGGAAGGAGGUACUGA